CAGAGCCCGCAGGAGCCCGCCGUCGGCCGGCGGGAAGCGGGAGCAGCCUCAUGGAAGAGAAGCAGAUCUUGUGCGUGGGGCUGGCGGUGCUGGACGUCAUCAGCCUGGUGGACAGGUACCCUCAGGAGGACUCCGAGAUAAGGUGCUUGUCCCAGAGAUGGCAGCGAGGAGGCAACGCAUCCAACUCCUGCACCGUGCUCUCCCUGCUUGGGGCACCCUGUGCCUUCAUGGGCUCACUGGCCCCCGGCCACGUUGCCGAUUUUGUCCUGGAUGACCUCCGCCGCCACGCCGUGGACCUACGCUAUACAGUCUUUCAGCCCGUAGGCUCCAUCCCCAUCGCCACGGUCAUCAUCAACGAGGCCAGUGGCAGCCGCACCAUCCUGUACAGCGACAGGUUUGUACGUGUGUCUGCAUCUUGCCAGCUACCGCCACCGUCGCCAAGUCCCCACUUCCUGGUGACUGACUUCAGGCGGCGGGGCGUGGACGUGUCCCAGGUGGCCUGGCAGAGUGGGGGCGACACGCCCAGCUCCUGCUGCAUCGUCAACAGCUCCAAUGGCAACCGCACCAUUGUGCUCCACGACACCCAUGGCCCACUGCUGAGAACCAGGAAGAAAGCCCUGGGUCAGCAGGGCCGCAACGCAGCGGAGCAGGUAAAGAUGCUGCAGCGGAUAGACGAGCACAACGCCGGGCAGCCCCCGGAGCAGCAGAUCCGGGUGUCCAUGGAGGUGGAGAAGCCCCGGGAGGAGCUGUACCCGCUGUUUGGCUACGGAGACGUGGUGUUUGUCAGCAAAGACGUGGCCCAGCACUUGGGGUUCAGGUCAGCCAGGGAAGCCCUGAGGGGUUUGUACAGCCGUGUGAGGAAAGGGGCUGUGCUGAUCUGUGCCUGGGCUGAGAAAGGUGCCGACGCGCUGGGCCCAGACGGCAAAGUCUUGCACUCGGAUGCCUUCCCACCGCCCCGCGUGGUGGACACCCUGGGGGCUGGAGACACCUUCAAUGCCUCAGUCAUCUUCAGUCUCUCCCAGGGGAGGAGCGUGCAGGAGGCCCUGACAUUUGGCUGCCAGGUGGCUGGCAAGAAGUGUGGCCUGCAGGGCUUUGAUGGCAUCGUGUGAGAGCCAGGUGGCACUAGUCCCCACCCCAGGCUGGCGUCACAGCUGCCGCCACCUCCCUCCUCCAUCCAGCCUGGCAUCUGGGCUGCCCUGCUUGCUGGCAGAUGCAGACCGUGGGACUCCGCCUGUGUCCUGUGCCCCCUCACAUCUCUUCUGGCUGAGCCCCAGCACAAAUAAACAUUCCUCCCUGGAGCCAGCUCCCUC